AUGUGUGGGAUUUUCUUUUCGCUGAGCUCAUCAAAGACCACGCCAUCAACACAUGAGACCUGCACUCUGCUCCAAAAGCGAGGACCAGACAGCUACAAAACUCAUACGGCGCAAAAAGAUAUCAACGCACAGGAUGGAGUGUCUCCGCCCCUUUCCUAUUAUCUCACCUUCACAUCCACGGUGCUUUCAUUGAGAGGUGACCAUGUGUAUACACAGCCACUCGUAGACCCCACAACCCAGUCUGUGCUCUGCUGGAACGGAGAAGCCUGGAAGGUCAAUGGGGAGCGCGUCCAAGGCAAUGAUACUGAACGCGUUUUCAACUUAUUUCUACAGGCAGUGGAUGGUGAUCAGAAGGAUUCUGUUGAAAGAAUGGCUGAAGCCAUUGCAAGUAUCUCUGGGCCAUUUGCCUUUGUCUUCUAUGAUGCGGUCAACUCAAGACUCUUCUACAGCAGGGACUGUCUUGGGAGGCGAUCUCUCCUUGAGGGAUUCGAUGAAAAUGGGAAUUUGAAGAUUUGCAGCAUUUGUGACAGUGCAUCGGUAGAUUGCUUCAAGGAAGUGGGCACCGAGGGCGUUUGUACGAUUGACGUAGCUCGCUAUCAAAAUCCCUCUUUAUCUCCCAGAGAAUUGUGCCAAAUCGAGAUCUUGCCAUGGAGCUCUGCUGCUUCACCGCCAGCUGAUCACAUUAGAAAAUUAAUUCCACCCAUGAACACAUCACUACCAACAGAGCAGCCUCCUGCAUUGACAACAGACUCAGUAUUCGUCAAGGAGCUCGAGUCAAAACUGCGUCAAUCACUCGAAUUGAGAAUACAGAACAUCCCCGAGCCUCCAGGCUACAUUGCAGGCCAAACUGCCAAAACAGCCGUUCUCUUCUCCGGCGGUUUAGACUGCACACUUCUGGCCAGACUCUCUCAUGACAUUCUCCCCCUCGACGAACCAAUCGACCUUCUCAACGUAGCAUUCGAAAACCCGCGAGUGGCAGCAGCUGCAAAAGCCAACCAACAAAAGUCCCCCUCCUCACCAGCACCCCUCUCAAUAUACGAAAACUGCCCAGACCGAAUAACCGGCCGGUCCGCGCACACCGAGCUCCAAACAACCUGUCCAGGCCGCACAUGGCGCUUCAUCGCCAUCGACAUCCCCUACACAGAAACACUCGCCCACCGGGACCAAGUUAAGCGCCUAAUGAGACCCCACAACACCGAAAUGGACAUGUCCAUCGCAUGCGCCUUGUACUUCGCAUCCCGCGGCCAAGGCACAGCCCAAACAAACCCCUCAGCCCCACUCCCAACCCCAGAGUCUCCAUCACCCAUCUACACAACCUCCUCCCGCGUCCUCCUCUCCGGCCUGGGCGCCGACGAGCUCUUCGCCGGCUACGGCCGACACAGCGUCGCCUUCAACCGAGGCGGAUUCAAAGAGCUGAUCGCCGAGAUCGAUCUCGAUGUCAGUCGGCUCGGCUCGCGAAAUCUCGGCCGUGACGACCGCGUCCUCUCCCACUGGGGCCGCGAGACGCGGUUCCCCUUCCUGGACGAGGAGUUCGUGGCUUGGGUGCUGCGGGCUCCUGUGUGGGAGAAGUGCGGGUUCGGGCUUCCGGAGAUCGACGCUACGGCCGGCAUUGAUUGUGAGAAGUUGGCGCUGCGACUUGUUGCUCUGCGACUGGGCUUGGCGAAGGUUUCUCGUGAGAAGAAGAGGGCUAUUCAGUUUGGCGCGCGGACGGCUAAGAUGGAGACGGGGAGGUCGAGAGGUACGGAUGCUUUGAGCUGA